AUGCAUUCAGAGGAUGGAUGGCUACAGCAUGGUGCGGAAUUCAUAAAUGGAGAAAACAACGAGAUUUUUCGGAUAGCAAAUGAAAAGCAACUGACUGUGCAGUACGUCAGAGACUUUGAUCUCUUCUGUACGAAUGUCGUCUAUGGAUUCAGUGGGAAGAAAAUUGAAAAGUCACUUGUUAAGGAUUGGCUCGAUUUUGUGAACGAUAUCGAAGAAACAGUUCGCACGAACGAUAUCGAAGAACAGUUCGCCACAGAAGCUUUGGACAGAAGUGAGAUGAGUGUCGCUGACAGGUUUCAGGAACUCUAUGAACAGUGGAUUUCUCGUGAUGAGUUCAAAGACAACAGAGCGAUUUUCGACCGAUUGGCCCGUUUAUAUCUCACGUACUACGAAAUUGAGUGGUCAUCACCUGCGAACGAGCUCGCCCUUCUCAAUUUUGCCGAUUGGGACGAUGGCGGAAGCGAACCGCGGUCGUUCACGCUGAAAAAGAAAGGAUUCCGCGAUAUUCUCGAAGACAUAAAAGUAAAAGUACCUGAAGAUCGAAUCAAUUUGAACCAUGUGGUUACAAAAAUUACAUACUCAGAAGAUGGAGCGACGUUGUGCUUCUCUAAUGGUGAAGAGCAUCAGUAUGAUUAUGUGAUUGUUACCUGCUCGCUGGGCUACCUGAAGAGGAAUCACACUUCGUUUUUCUGCCCCCCUCUUGACCCACGGAAAACUGAAGCGAUUUCUAGCCUUGGGUUUGGUAACAUGAUGAAAGUGUUUCUGGAAUACACGAAGCCGUGGUGGCCUCAAGACGCCAAUGCAAUCGCACCGUUGGAAUCGCACAGCCCGUUAGCAGAAUCAUUUCCUAUGUUGCAGCCCUUGUACUGGAACAAAAAGAUACUAGUAGCUUGGGUAUCCGGUAAAGGACCUGGUCUGAUCAGCAAACUGAGCGACGAGGAACUAGUGGAAGGCAUAGCUGGAUUACGGAUCCACUGGUUGGAGGCAGCUAUUCAUAUCUGA